GUGAUGUCAUUAAGUGGAAAGAAGAUGACAAACUUUUCCAUGAAUCUCACAACUUUCUUUCUAUGCUGAAAAAAGUGAAGAAUAAGCCUCAUGUUACAUUUGUUGGUGUCCCAGGAUCAGGAAAAACAGCAACAGCUCGUCAUAUUGCAUUGAUGUUACAACAAGAAGGGUAUGAGAUUGUACCCAUCAAAGACAUCAGAAAGAUAGAAGACUACUGUGAUCCCAGAAAUCCACAGGUUUUUGUUGUUGAUGAUGUGGUAGGUGUAUUUGGACUUCAAAACACUAAACUAUAUCUUUUGACUGAUUACAAAGAUAGAAUAAUGAAGCCAGUAAUGUCAAAGUCAAAAACUAUCAUGACUUGUAGAGAAGCCGUGUAUAGAGAAUCACUGGAGUCCAGUUCAUUUUUUACUGAUGAAAAUAAUACUGUUCUGUUACAUAGUGAAGCUAAUGCUUUAACGAAUACUGACAAAAAAUGUUUACUGAAAAUGUACAAUAUAGAUGUAGAUCUGUUGUCUCCUGAAAAUCUGACUUCAGCAUCAAAAAUGUUUCCCUAUCUCUGCAAAGUGUUUUCAAAUGAAAAGAAAUUUCAGUUUUAUGGGCCCGCAUUUUUUGAAAAUCCAGUUCCAUGUAUUUUGAGGGAACUUGAAGAAAUGAGAAAAGAAAACAAAAUUCAAUAUACUUGUUUGGUUUUAUGUAUGAUGAAUGAAAACAAAAUUUCAGAAAAAAAUCCUGAAGACAGAAAUGUUUUAGAGCAAUGCAAAGUCAGCAGUCAUACUGAUAAUUUUAAAUUCGUCGACGCUUUGUCAGAAAUGGAAGGAACAUACACAAAACUUCGUGGUACUGAGUAUAGUUUUGUUCAUGAUUCCAUGUUUGAAAUUGUUGCUCAUCAUUUUGGUUCCAAGUUUCAAGAACUCAUCUUAAAAUUUAUGAGUAGUAAUUAUAUUGCUAACAAUGUAAAAGUUCAGGAAUGUCUAACUCAGAAGAUAGACAAGAGAAAUGAACAAGUGAGUGAAAAUGCACCCGACAGUGGGGGAAGAGAACAAAGGAAAAACAGCAGUGCACUCAGUAAUGAAUACAAUUCUGACGUAGAAUCAUUUGAUCUGUGUAUAAGACUUAAAGAAAAACAUUAUCCAAUGCUAGCAGAACGCUUGUAUAGAGAUAUAGAAAAUAUGGAACUGUAUGAUGUUUUUAUGAACAAUGUUUUGAAGGACCCUAAGGUGUAUCAAACUUUUGAGGAAGUAUUAAAGAGAAAGUCUGAUACAGAAUUGAUGUCCUUAUUUCUGACAGUGCAGAAAAACAUUGCUAUGGUAGUGAGCAAAGGAGAACGUGUGAGGGUGGAGUCUACAGACUGGGGCUGGGAGUUGAACAGACAGGAGGUGUUGGUGAAUGAAGAAUGGAAAGGAUCAGAACCUACAUACAAUACACUUAACACGGUUCUACAAAGUCCCUUUGGCUUUAAUACUUAUCGGGACACACCACUCACAGCAGCAUGUCAGGGUGGACAUGUAAUUGUAGUGAAGGAGCUGUUAAUGGCGGGGGCUGAUGUUAAUCAACAAGGUAAACGUACUACACCACUAAUAGCAGCAUGUAUGUAUGGUCAUAUGGAUGUAGUGAAAAAGUUAAGAGAGGCGGGGGCUGAUGUCAAUGUUGAGGUCUGUGGUGAUAUACCACUGACAGCAGCAUGUCAGGGUGGACAUAUAAGUAUAGUAAAGGAGCUUUUAAAAGACGGGGCUGAUGUUAAUCAACAAGGUGCAUUUAAUUCACCACUUCUUGCGUCAUGCAAGAGUGGUCACAUGGAAGUUGUGCAAGAGUUAAUAGAGGCAGGUGCAGAUGUUAAUGUUGAAUUAUGUGGUGAUACACCACUGACAGCAGCAUGUGAAGGUGGACAUAAAGGUGUUGUGAAGGAGCUGAUAAAGGCAAAGGCUUAUGUUAAUCUACAAGAUGAAUAUAAUACACCGCUUUCAUUGGCAUGUAGUAAGGGAAAUAUGACUAUAGUAGAGGAUCUGAUAAAGGCAGGGGCUGAUGUCAAUCUUCAAGUUUCAAUAUAUACACCACUGGUAGCGGCAAGUAUGAGUGAACAAGAGAGUGUUGUGUCUGAGCCGCCAGAAGCAGGGGCUAAUGUUAAUCCUCGCAGUUUUUUUACAACACCAUUAACAACAGCAUGUGGAUGUGGACAUUUACAUAUAGUACAAAAGCUGCUAGAGGCAGGCGCUGAAGUCAAUCUAAAAGGUAAAUAUGAUACACCACUGACAGAGGCUUGCAAGGGUGGACAUAUGAGUAUAGUAGAGAAGCUGUUAAAGGCAGGAGCUGAUGUUAAUAUACAGGAUUUUGAAGGAAGAACACCUUUAUAUACAAUACUUUUAAAUAGCACUGAGACUGUCAUACCUGUUGAACUGAUGGUCAAUAGUUAUGGUGCAGACCCAACUAUCUGUGAUAGAGAAGGUUUUUCAGCAAUUUUGAUUACAUUAAUCAAAAGCAAAUUUGAAUUUGUAAAUAAAUUAAUUCAAACUGAAAAUGACAGUCAAUUCAAAAGAGUGAAGUUGCAUUUAUUCGAUUGUCUCGUCAACAUACGACAUAGCGAUGUAAUGUUCGAUAGUAAGGAUGAUGUGGUCGUCCAAAAAGGACGAGUGUUCCAUAUGAGAGAAUCAGGAUUUAUAUUUAAAUCAAUUAUGGAAAGUAAAUGUGACGUACUAAAAUAUCUAUUAGAUCUGGGUCUAGAUGUCAAUCAAUGGAUACAGUUGUAUGAUGAUUAUAAUUCACAUUUUGAUGUGAAACCUUUUCUGUUUACACUGAUUGAUGAGGGAUUAAAAUUGUAUAUGAAGAGCCUAGUAGAGAAGGUGAGGAUCCUUCUGGAGGCUGGGGCGGAUGUUAAUGUCAGAGUGAAAUACAGAAAGUAUCUUCCUUUUUCAGACCGCUGGCUUUUAAAUAAUGAUAUGUUUAACCCAUACAAUAGUGAUAUUGAUGACGAGAAUUCUAAUAUGUCUUUAUUAGACAAAGAAGGAUUGUCUGUUCUGGAGAGGACACGGAGACUCCUUGGUAAAUUCAGUAGAAAAAAAUGUUUUUUUGACGAAGAAAUACUUUUUUGCAAAAAAGUGUUUGAUGAAUUAAAGAAGCAUGUAAGACGAUACUCUGUGUGA